AUGACGAAUCCUCAGGCUGAUACUGCCCCACGGCGCCGACCUGGGCGCCCACGAAUGAUGGAGACAGGUCAUGAGACAGCGAAUGACGAAGCGAGAAAAACUCGAAUGAGGCUGGCGCAGCGGUCGUAUCGUAGCCGGAAACAAAGCGCACUUAUAAAUGCAAAAACUCGAGCUGAAGUGCUUGAGGUGGCUUUGGAUGGCUCCAUUGACGAGUUUAUAAAAUUUUAUGAGAGUGUCUCAAAGAGAGGCAAAGAACUACCUGCGGGCAUCAUGAUGCAGCUCAACCAAACAGCGAUGAAUAUCGUAUCUAUAGCGAGGAAGGCUCGAUUGGAGAAGUCCAUGUUGCCCGGCAACCAGAACCAGUCUCUAGAUGACGACGCAACAACCUCGCUGGAUGAGUCUGAUGCUACUCAUGAGCCUACCUGUCGUCUGACUGGGAAUUUCACGGCACUUGAGCACCAAAAGGCCGGAUAUUAUCAUCCUCAGGGCCAGUACGGACCAUUGACUAGGAGCAAGCCGGCUCCUGUGUCGCAGCGGCUCCUAUUGGCCUGUCUGACAAGGGCCAUAGCACUUUUGCAGCUGGGUAACUUCCCCGUCGUUGCAAUUAAUCCGGCGAUGCUUCUACCACUGCAAUUGGAGCGAGCAGAAAGACUUCUAGAAAGAGUUGCUCAUCGCCUUUCUGGGAACCCUAGCGCAUUCUUUUCGGACUGUCAAUAUAGCGAUGGACUAAACGCGUGUUUACCCAAGAUGAUGCGUCUCAUCGAAGGAAACCUGAACACAUUAACGCCACGAAUAUCACCACCAAAAUUGCAAAGCUUACAAUUUGGGCGGACAAGAACGAUGCUUCACACUGCUAUUUCGGAUCUCCAAGGAGAAUGGUUAGAGGCGCCAGAUGUUGAAGAAUACCUUGAGCAGCGAGGGAUAUUCGUUCGCAUGGGCUCGCCUAGUGAUGUUAUUAGCCUAUCAACUCCGACGACUGACGACCAACCACUGCUAAAAACAGCUAGAUUGGGUAUGCCAAGAUCGCAAGGUGACAUUAAUUCUCGCUUGAAUACAUUUGGAGAGAUAUCAAAUCCUCAAAAAGACGCAACGCCAGAUGAAUCGCUUAUCAUACUUGAGAACCAGGCCUACAAAUCUGGAGGCCAUAGACCCAAUACAACGACGAGGCGUGCUGCUAUUCCGGAACACGACUUUACAAUAUUUGGCAGAUUGUUCCAAGAGGGUCAAACUGUGCCGACGGGACAAAACAAUUUCACAUUGUCGGAAGGGUAUCCAGAGAUGCGUACUCUAACUGACAAUGCAGCAACAAGCCAACAAGCAAAAGAGAGCCUCCAGAUAACAAUUGAUAUCGAUAAACUAAUCCAAGGACUUGCCGAGAAGGCAGUGUGUCUUGGGCCAUGUCCUGGAAUUAAGAGGAUACAUGUCGACGAAGCAAUUAGAGGAUCAGUGAGUAAUAUUCAACAGUAA